GCCGACCGGCGGGGCGUCUCGACCGCUGGAGAAGCGACUGCCUGCCGCAGGAGAGCCAUGGGUCAGGCGGCCAAGGUUUUACAGCUCUUCAAAACACUGCACAGGACCAGACAACAAGUUUUUAAAAAUGAUGUCAGAGCACUAGCAGUUUAUGGAGUGCUAAUGAAAAUAGGGUCCGAUGUUGAAUUGUUACUCAGAAAAUCUGUUAUACAAGGUAUUCACACAGACCACAAUACACUGAAAUUGGUUCCUAGAGCAGACCUUCUUGUAGAAAAUGUGCCCUACUGUGAUUCACCAACUCAAAAACAGUGACUCUCCUAGGAUGGGGGCAAGCAGUUGUACUGUGUAAUUUAGAAAUAUAGAACGUUGGAAAAAGUC